ACCAGGGAAGUCCCUAGCAUCACUAAUUCUUGAAAGGAUCUGAUGUGGCUCACUUCACUAUGACUGGUGACUAGUUUUUUGCCAUUCCCAUGACCAAGCCUCAGAUGGUCCCCUCCCUGGCUUGGUGUGCUGCCUGGGACCCUAGAUCUUCUUCUGUGGGCUGGGAAAGUAUCAGCUUUUAAAAGUCCCCUCCUGUCAGACUCUAAUGCCCUGCUCUUCCCCCGACCCCUGCAGACACACACACAGUCAUUCCUCUAGUCCAACAGUGCUUUCAAUUACUCUGUUGUAACAAGAUAUUGAAUUGCCCAGACCAGUCGUCCCUCUUGGGACCCUUCUCCAUCACCAGCUUUCCUCCUGGGCUCUGUCUAUUUGUGGGGUUCUGGGUCUCCUUGUUCUGGCCUAUCUUGUCACCUACUAAGCCUCAGGGGGACACUCUGAGUCCAGAGCUGUCCCCAGUACGGGUGAUACGUGACCUGGACAUCAGUUGUCUGGAACUGGACUAAGCACCGGGACUCAUUUUACAUAGGCUGCUGAAUAGCAGCCAAAGCAAUGGCUUUCUGACAUAGGGCAAAAUUGAUGAUAGACAAAGGACAUUAUUAAGGGAGCUAGAAUUUAGGAUUCUUCAAGUAUUCUCCCCAGUCUAGCUUAAAAUGCAACAGUCAUGCAUCUGGGUAGCACUACCAGAAGAAUUUUAGUAGUUGGAAAUUUCCGGGGUUCGUUAAAUGCUACAGUUGACCCUUCAACAAUGGCGGGAGGGGGCUGGUGGAAUUGGGGGACCCUCCUGGUGGAAUCAAAAGUCUAUGUAUGGCCGCCUCUCCCGCCCGCUCCUCGGCGCAGCCUCCGCGCCCCGCGCUGCGGCAGCGGCACCCAGCUCUCCCCGACCCGGACGGCGGCGCGGCGGGAAGGCCGGGCCCGGGCACUGGGCCGCGAGCCGAGGCGGCCCGGAAGCGCCCGCCAGAACACCCAGUCAUGGAUAAAAAUGAGCGGUGCAGAAGGCCAAACUGGCCGAGCGGGCUGCGCGAGAUGAUGACAUGGCAGCCCGCAUGAAGUCUGUAACUGAGCAAGGAGCUGAAGUAUCCAAUGAGGAGAGGAAUCUUCUCUCAGUUGCUUAUAAAAAUGUUGUAGGAGCCCGAAGGUCAUCUUGGAGGGUCGUCUCAAGUACUGAGAAAAAGACGAAAGGUGCUGAGAAAAAACAGCAGAUGGCGGAGAAGACAGAGAAAAUUGAGACCGAGCUAAGAGGUAUCUGCAAUGAUGUACUGUCUCUUUUGGAAAAGUUCUUGAUCCCCAGUGCCUCACAAGCAGAGAGCAAAGUCUUCUAUUUGAAAAUGAAAGGAGACUACUACCGUUAUUUGGCUGAGGUUGCUGCAGGUGAUAAGAACGGGACUGUGGGUCAGUCACAGCAAGCAUACCAAGAUGCUUUUGAACUCAGCAAAAAGGAAAUGCAACCAACACAUCCUAUCAGACUGGGUCUGGCCCUUAACUCCUCUGUGUUCUAUUAUGAGAUUCUGAACUCCCCUGAGAAAGCCUGCUCUCUUGCGAAGACAGCAUUUGAUGAAGCCAUUGCUGAACUUGAUACAUUAAGUGAAGAGUCAUACAAAGACAGCACACUAAUAAUGCAGUUACUGAGAGACACCUUGACAUUGUGGACAUCGGAUACCCAAGGAGAUGAAGCUGAAGCAGAAGGAGAGGAAAAUUAACCGGCCUUCCAACUUUUGUCUGCCUCAUUCUAAAAUUGACACAGUAGACCAUUUGUCAUCCAUGCUGUCCCACAAAUAGUUUUUUGUUUAUGAUUUAUGACAGGUUUGUGUUACUUCUAUUUGAAUUUCUAUAUUUCCCAUGUGGUUUUUAUGCUUAAUAUUAGGGGAUUAGAGCCAGUUAACAUUUAGGGAGUUAUCUGUUUUCAUCGUGAGGUGGCCAAUAUGGGGAUGUGGAAUUUUUAUACAAGUUAUAAAUGUUUGGCAUAGUACUUUUGGUACGUUGUGGCUUCACAAGGGCCAGUGUUAAAACUGCUUCCAUGUCUAAAGCAAAGAAAACUGCCUAUGUAUUUGUUUGUCCUGGUGGGGAAUAAAAGGGAUAAUUGGUUCCAGUCACAGGUGUAGCUGUGGGUACUUUAAGGUUUGGAGCACUUACAAGGCUAUAGUAGAAAUAGAUAUCCCAUGGAUGUUACAUGUUAAACCAUGUGUUACCUGUGGAAUACUCAGUCUCAAUGUGCACACCACUGACUACAGCUACAGAAGUGUUCCUUUAGUUGUGACCCAAUUUACUCUGGAUAAGGGCAGAAACGGUUCACAUUCCAUUAUUUGUAAAGUUACCUGCUGUUUGCUUUCAUUAUUUUUGCUACACUCAUUUUAUUUGUAUUUAAAUGUUUUAGGCAACCUAAGAACAAAUGUACAACUAAAGAUGCAGUAAAAAUGAAUUGCUUGAUAUUCAUUACUUCAUGUAUAUCAAGCGCAGCAGUAAAACAAAAAACCCAUGUAUUUAACAUUUUUUAGGUUUUUGGUUUUUUUUGUUUGUUUGUUUUUGAUACUUGCCUAACAUGCAUGUGCUGUAAAAAUAGUUAACAGGGAAAUAACUUGAGAUGAUGGCUAGCUUUGUUUAAUGUCUUAUGAGAUUUUCAUGAACAAUCCAAGCAUAAUUGUUAAGAACACGUGUAUUAAGUUCAUGUAAGUGGAAUAAAAGUUUUAUGAACGGACUUUUCAAAAAAAAAAA